AUGCUUGGACUUGUUGAAGAGCCGAUUCUUAUUGAUCUAUACCAAGUCUUUAAGAAAAUAUGGCAAGCCAUCGACAACCCAGCGACGCGAGCUAUGGGACGUGACAAGGACGGCAACGGCGACAGCCGAACGCGGCGCGAUCAUGAUGACGACAACAAAAGACGCGAUGGAAGGGAACGCAGAUCACGGCGGACGUCGCCGGGCGACGAAUACUGCGAUAGGCGUCGCCGCGGGUCCCGGGAACGACGCAGGUCGCGGACACCAGAUUCCGCCAAGAAGUCUACCCGUGGCCCCCCAAGCAGCCGAGAACGCGACAGGAGCCGCGACCGAGAAAGGCGACCUCGGCGUGAAGACGACUAUGGAAAGCAGCCAUGGCAUCGCCGCCGGGACCGUGAUCGCGAUAUUGACGGGCCUAAGGAGAAGAGCCGAGGGAGCCUUGUCCGGCGCGCCGGCCCUCUCCCGUCACAGCAAGCCUCGUUUGCGGUAACCCAAGGCGAGGAGCCCGAGGCGCCCAAGGAGACGGCCAACUUUGGCAACACGGGCCUGCUGGCCGCCGCCUCCAAUGCGGUGGCGCAGGCAGACGGCUCGGUCGUGACGCUCAAGUACCACGAGCCGGCCGAGGCCCGCAAGCCGCCGCCGCGCGACCAGUGGAAGCUCUACAUCUUUAAGGGUGCCGUUAUUGUAGACACGGUUGACCUGAGUGCGCGCAGCUGCUGGCUGAUCGGCCGAGACGCGGCGGUCGUCGACCUGGCAGCAGAGCACCCCAGCAUCAGCAAGCAGCACGCCGUUGUGCAGUUUCGCUACACGGAGCGGCGCAACGAGUUUGGCGACAAGAUUGGUAAGGUCAAGCCGUACCUAAUUGACCUCGAGAGCGCCAACGGGACCGUGCUCAACGGCGGGCGGAUACAGGAUAGUCGCUACCUGGAGCUCCGGGAUAAGGAUAUGGUGCAGCUGGGGCAGAGCACGCGCGAGUAUGUCGUCAUGUUGGCACCGCGCGAGUAG